CGCGUAACGCACUCGACGAAAAAUCAAUGAAAAAUAUCAUGCGCUUUCUUAGUCCUUAAACCUUCUAUCCAAACAAUGUUUUGUAACUUUUACUAGCUAUGCUUUAGUGCUAUAAAUAAACCAAAUGUUUGUUAGAACCAAGCAAUGUAAACUAUCUCACAAAAUGAUGAUUCGCCUAAAAAACUUUUUAUAUGUUUUCAAUUUACGACAAGGCACCAUUCUUAUUGCCGUCCAUCAAAUCGCGCUAUCUUCUUUCGUACUUAUAAUACUGCUUGUUGGCAUAUCCCACGUCGGUGAAAUGCUAUCUAUGCUACAUAAUGAUAUGGAGGACGAUGCAGAACGACGAGGAUUUUAUGAAAUUACUUACGGAGAACAUCUAACUUUCCAUGAAGGUGACGUAGUGAGCAGUAAUAAUCAACUAAGAUUUGCUAAAGCGCAACAUUUAGCUUCAGUGACGGUGAUUUUCCUGUACACUAGCACAAUUCUAACAGCAAUAUAUCUAAUGUGUUGCAUUUCUUUACUUCAUGGUGCUGUGAAGUAUAAGAGAGAGUAUGUUUUGCCUUGGAUAAUGGCCGCUUGCGUGGCAGUGGUGCUACUCAUAGUCGCUAUUGUUAUAGGCGAUGGCUAUCCUUGCGUCGUUAAUCUGUUUGGCGGACAUAAUCUCUACCAUUUCGGGUGUGCUCUUUUUGUUCUCACAUUUAUAUACGCAAUUUGUGCGGUGAGUAGCUUCGCACUUGAAACCGGCGGUGGAAGGUGCGCGCGCGCUUCUCUUGCCAACGAUGAACGUGGAGAGCGAUUGCUGCUACUUGACCACGCCGCACACUCUAGCCUGCUGUCAGCCGCACAAUUAAGCAAACUGUCCCAUGGCACGAGGACACAAUUCGUAUAAGCCCCUUUUAAGUCAAUAGUUUUAUUGAUAUUACUAAGCUUGAGAAAUAAAACCAAAUCUCACGAUCGACUUGUAACAUCUUUGUUGAUUUAGCCAUUAUAGAUAAAUUAGAGCAUGCUAUUCGUUCCUUUGGUUGUGUUGUCAAUGCACAAGUAACAUAAACGCGACCUUUGGCGCAUAAAUUUUAGUGAAUUUAACUUAGCUCCAAAUAGCUUAGGAACAUACACCAGCUUUUGUGUGAAAAAUAUAUAUUGUUGGUGUCUACGAUUUACGUUACAUUACAUUAAGCUAUAUAUAUUUUAUUUUUUUUAAAUACAUUAGUAUAUUUAUUUUUAUGAUUAAGAUGUAUUACCAACAAUUACGUCCAUAACUCUAGUGCUUAAGUAGUCCAAGCUUAGAUACAGUUGUAUUCUACAAUAAUUAAUUGUGAUAUUUUAAUGAGACAAAAAUAUUUUAAAAUAAAUUUAGAUUUGUUUAGUUUACUAACUUUAUUUUACUGUACAGAGAAUUGGAUCUGCCGCUGUUAAGACAAAUGCCUCAAAAUGCUAUAAAUACUGAAUUAAUAAAUCAAUUAAUUUUAUAAA